CAACAUGCGUCAUCAUCGGUCGUAGGUUCGCCGGUCGGCAAUCAUUUAGCAAUCCGUUAAGAGGACCAGUCGCCGUUUGUCUCGGUCUCCAUAAUGCCAGCUCGAAAGCGUAAAGCUCCCGAAACACCAACAGUGUCCGGGUCUCGGCGGAGGUCUCAGCGCCUUAGCUCCUCGUCCAAGAAGAGUCGUUAUUUCGAAGAUGAUUCGGACAAUGACUCUUCAGAUGACUCGGUGUCAAAAGAAGAGACAGAGACUGUCGCUAGGCGCAAAAAUGCCACAAAUUCAGGCCGCAAGUCUCGUGGCCGUAAGCCGAAGGAGUCUGAUGAGGAGGAGGAUGUCUACGAAGAUGACCAGGAGCAAGCGGCCGCGGAUCAGCAGGAGGAGGUAGAAGACGACGAAGGUGAAUUCGACGAGGAUGCGCCGCCGAAAGUGACCUUCAUACCCCUUCCUAAAUUGAGAAACGAUGGUGGCAUAGGCUACGAGGAUGACCGGGCACAUCCCAAUACGCUGCUCUUCUUGAAGGACCUCAAGGCAAACAACAAGAGAUCGUGGCUGAAAUUCCACGACCAGGAGUAUAGAAGGGCGCUGAAGGACUGGCAGUCAUACGUCGAAACCAUGACGGAGAAGAUCAUCGAGGUCGACGACUCCAUACCGGAGCUGCCUUUCAAGGACGUCAACUUCCGCAUUUACAGGGACAUCCGGUUUAGCAGCGACCCUACCCCUUAUAAGCCACACUUCUCCGCCGCCUGGUCUCGCACCGGCAGGAAGGGGCCAUACGCCUGCUACUACGUGCACAUGGAGCCGGGCAAGUGCUUUGUAGGGGGGGGCCUGUGGCACCCGGACGGCGGCGCGCUGCACAAGCUGCGGGCCAGCAUCGACGAGCGGCCCCGGCGGUGGCGCAGGGUGCUGGCAGACGGAGCCUUUCGGCGUACCUUCCUGCCCGCCGCCCGGGACGCCGACGAGGAGUCGGCCGUGAAGGCCUUUGCCGGGGCCAAUGCGGAGAAUGCCCUCAAGACGAAGCCCAAGGGCUUCGUAGCAGAACACAGGGACAUUGAACUUCUGAAACUGCGAAACUUCACUGUGGGGAAGAAGAUCCCUGAUACUCACUUGACUUCUGCCGAUGGUCAGGCGAAGAUUGCCGAGGUAAUCGGGGCUAUGGUUGGAUUUCAGGUAACGCAUCUCAACAACAUUGUUAUGCCUGAUCCUGGUCAGGAUGAUUCGGAAUCGGAAUCGGAUAACGAAUGACUUAUUAGCUGAUUACAUCUGAU